AUGAGCAUCGUACUCUAUGAUUUGAAACGCACACGGGAUUCGAGCGAGGCUAACCCAUGGUCGCCAAACACAUGGAAAAUCAGGUUCCUAAUGAACAUUAAGGGAUUGGACUACACGACAAAAUACCUUCAUUUCCUGGAUAUACCCCAAGUAAUUGGUGAACUUGUACCUCAAGGACUUCGGUGCGUUCCAUGUAUCACGGAUGUCGAUGGCGAGAGCAUUCAAGACUCUAAGAAGAUAGCGCUGUAUCUGGAACAAAAGUAUCCGUCACCAUCCAUUUUCCAUGGGGGAGCUGGAAUUCACUUUUUUUUUGAUGACUGGUCCAUGCAAAAUAUCGUAUUUCUACCAUUUCGUAUGACAAUACUGAAGUUGUUCCAUGAGUUGGAUGAAGAAGCUCAGGUAUAUUACCGCAAAAGCAGAGAAAGUGUUUUCAAGCAAAGUUUGGAGGAUUAUGCCGGUGACAGUGAAGAACAUCUCCAAGCUUUGAACAAGCAGCUGGCACUCAUAGCCAAAUCAUUGGCCAAAUAUGACUAUUUAACAGGAGAUGAGCCUGGUUGGGCUGAUAUAUGUCUAGCAAGUUAUAUCAUCAUGCUCGAAAAGUUUGAUCCAGAGACUUUUUACAACCGCAUGAUAAAUCAAGAUCAGAAUUUAGUGGCCUGGUGGAAUCGCAUGAAAAUGUAUGCUGACUAUAGUCAUUAGAUAUAACUCUAAAUGAUUUCAAUAUCGAAGUUACCAAUUAGUAUGGAAUUCAAAAUGAAUAAAGGCUAUCGGAUCUUUUGAUCUAUAUAAAAAAGCUUGUG